AUGUCGUCUGUAAAAGUCAUUUUCACAAUAGCAAUUCUACUAAUAUCACUGAGCAAUAUAUAUUGUGUGACGGAUGGCGAGAUCUAUGCUCUUCAACAAACAAUCAAUCAUUUGAGUGAAGCAGCAAAAGAAAAACUUUAUCACUCUCUUUCUGCUAAUAACAAUGAAGGCCGACUAGACAGUACGCAUUGGUGUUGCAAUAUUGAUCCUGGUGUGGACGCUACAGCAAGAACUCGUCAAACAACUUUUACCAUUCAACGACAUGCACGUAGAAAGUGUGGUUACAGCAGCUGUGGUGUUUUUGGCUGGUCAAGUUGUACACGUUGGUGUGACGAUUAUUGGACAGAACUAGGAUACGGCAUUGAAACAUACACUACUUAUGAGCAACGUAUAUGUCCACUAGCAAACCUUGUCUGCUGUGCUGGUUAUAUUACUGUUGUCAAUCAUUGCUUUACCUAUGAAGAAGUUUUAAAUAACAAGGAUAUUUUAGAAAUACUUGUUUCUAUGGGUAUUUCUAUUAAUCCAACGAUGGGUUAA